CAGCUGAUCUCUGUGUUCUCCUGGUUCCAGCACCCCCUACAGUGUAUGUGUGGUAACAACAUGUCUGUGCCGCUGCUCGCCGAGGCCGUGACGGUGUCCGGGACGGAGAAGGAGACCGCCGCGGUGAGUCGAAAUCAAACUCUCCUCAACAUCUGGGGGCUAGAAGAAACAGGGCACGGCUGGGCCGAGACGCUGACGGGGAUCCGGCUGCCUCACGUCAAGUUUAUCUGCCCUCAUGCGCCCAGAAUCCCCGUCACUCUCAACAUGAAGUCCAUGAUGCCGGCGUGGUUUGACCUCAUGGGUCUGAGCCCCGACGCUCCGGAGGACGAAUCUGGAAUCAAGAGGGCUGCAGAAAGCAUCCGGGCCAUAAUCGAUCACGAGGCCAGAAACGGGAUCCCUCCUCACCGUAUAAUCAUUGGUGGUUUUUCUCAGGGUGGAGCUUUGUCCUUGUACACCGCCCUGACCUCCCACUAUCAGCUGGCCGGCGUGCUGGCCCUCAGCUGCUGGCUUCCUCUUCACAGGAGUUUCCCUUCGGCGUCGAGCGGUCACAAGAACCUCCCCAUCUUGCAGUGCCACGGAGAAAUGGACAUGAUGAUUCCGGUGCAGUUCGGUGCCAUGACGGCAGAGAAACUCAAAUACAUAGUUGACCCUCAGAUGGUCACCUUUAAAAGCUACCCAGGGGUCAAUCACAGCUCAUGUCCCCAGGAGAUGGCAGAUGUAAAGGAAUUUAUUGAGAAGUAUUUGCCCCGGAUUUGACCUCACCUCAGUCCGACUGUGACCCCCCCCAUCCCCAACGCCCUCCGAGACACUGACCUCUGACCCCUGAUCUGCUCUCCUCCUGCAGGAAACAGCCAUGAGCACUCACAAACACACAUUUAAUAGUUAAUUUAACCUGCACAGCUGAUCAGAGCUCCUCUUACGCUCCAACCUGCAAACAUUCUUCAGUCUUGGCCUUCGGAGGGAGAAACUCUGACUCUUACUGCACAUUCCCCCUUUUUUUUAAAUUAAAAUCCUCUACCUGUUGCCUCUGUUCUCCUCUUUCUUUUUUUAACCUCAUCUUCUUUUCUUUUAUCAGCUUCUAUCAGUCAUCGCCUCACCGCCACGCUUCCUUUUUGUGUUUCUGGAAAACCAGCGUAGAGUCCGAGUCAGAUCAGCCAAACCGCUGCGGGACGCAUCCUCUCCCGUUUCUGCAGACGUUUACAAACUCACUUAGACCAUUAAACACACAUUGGAAGAGGAAGGAUGCAGAAUCAGACGGUUGUUAAUUGGGCGUCGAAUCAACAGCAGAAUUUUCAUUUCCUCGAUUGUUUGCAGCUCUGAAAACUUUAGAUUAAACAGCGUUUGGAAAACAAAACCGAUCUUCAGUUAAAGGAAGUAAAAUCAGAUCAAAUUGGAUUAAAAGCAUUGUGUUAUGAAAAUCUAAGUUUGCUAAAUUUAAUCUUUAUUCCCAAAUAUGCCAAACGUUUUUAUUCCAGGACAGUUGAUUAGCUUCAACCUCUGCAUCUCUGUAAUCCGUCUUCUUCUGUUCAGUUUUUGCAGAGCGGGCUGCUUUCAAACGCAGUCAUGCAUGCAGGUUUUAAAGUUCUUCCGUUUGCAGUUUGGGAAAAA